UAUCCAUGAUUAAUCCCACCAUAAUCCAGUUCCUAAUCCCAUUUUUUCUCCUCAUAAUCGCACAUUCCGCCAAAACCCUAAUCACAGACCACCACAAAUUAGUAUACACACAAUGCUCAAACCAUACCUCACCAAAUCCCUCUCACGUUUUGUUACUCCCAAAUCUAUUUCAAGAACUCAUCACACACUCUUCCAAAGCCGCCUUCUUCAAAACCAUCGUCGGAGAUGAGAAAACCGCGAUUUCGGGUUUGUUUCAAUGCAGAAAAGAUCUCAGCUCGGAUGAAUGCAGAAACUGCGUGAUCACAUCUUCCGACCUGUCGGAAAAUUUGUGCGGCAAAAUUUUACCGGCAAGAAUCCAGCUCCGCGGCUGCUACGUUCGGUACGAGGGGGAGGAAGACGGGGCUGAGCCCGAGACCGAUGCGGGCCCGGAGCAAAUCCUUCACCGGGCUUGCAGCAAGAGGAAGAUCAAGAGAGAUAAAUUUGAAGUGAUAAAAUAUGCCGCGUUUGGUGAGGUGGAGAGGUGUGUGACGAGCGAGAAUGGAUUUUGCGAGCUGGCGUACGAAUCAAUCCGCGUUUCGGCGCAGUGUGUGGGGAGUUUGAGGAGCACCUGCGACUGCGGUGAAUGCGUUGCUCGUGCGGCGGAGAUCGCUUGUGAGGAUGAAUGCAGAUAUUCAGCUGCGGGAGAGGUUUAUGCUGAUGGAUGCUUCCUCAGUUAUGAUUAUAUUGGAGAGGGGGGCUUUGGCACCUACAAGGGUGGAGGGGACCGUUCGCCAAAACUGGUAGCAAUUGUAGUUGGGGGUUUAGCUGUUUUAGCAGUGGGAGUUGGCUUAUGUUACUUCACCAAGUCUUGUUGGAAGAAGAAAGAUGUUGUAAUCUUUGGGAUGUUUAACUAG